CCUCGUUAUAAGUGACGCAGUCUUUCUUUUAGAUGUACUAUUCUAUUGUGUAUUGUUUCAUUUUUUAUUACCAGUGCAAAAUACCAUGUACACAACGAGUGAAAUUUGCUUAUGUAAACUCAAGUCACCAAAGAUUUUAGCAGUAUUCGCUAUUCUUUUAACAGUAAUAGUGGGACUUAUUAUUUAUUUAAUUGUGUCCAGUGGUAAAGACAUAAUCAUCGACCUACCAUCCUCAACAUCUACGAAGCCACCACCUGUGCUGCAGAAAAGUGGUUUAGUCGCAAUCAACGAAGCCGGUUUAUUUUUUAAGCUCGAACCUGAAUCUGGUAAAUAUGAGCUUCUGUCCGACAAAAAGUUUUUCAACGUGACUGCUUUCGAUAUAUAUCGAAAUGAAACGAUUUUCUAUGGAACCAGUGGAAUAGAACCCAUACGAUCAAUCUACAAAAGGUACGAUAACAUAGGAAACUUAACAAAAGAUUGGACCAAAACAGCUUUGGCCAUCGAUCAAAGGAACGGUGAUUUGUACGUUCUUGACAAUACGCAGUAUGUAAUUCAUGUAAUCAAUGUGAAUGGUAGUCAGAUGUCUCGUGAUAUCAAGAUAUUGAAAACUGCAAACGAGCCUUUGAAGGACUUGAAAAUAGAUAUACAAAAUAAUUUCAUCUUUGUUUUAUCGAAAAAAUCGGUACAAAUGUUUCACAUGAAUGGCACCGUCUUGAACAAGUAUUCACUUCGUAAAUCCAUCGGGUCUAUGACAGUAGACAGCGUAAACAUGGUAUUCUUCGUCACAACGAACUGUGGCAUAUUCAGUCAGCAUUACAUGGACGAAAUAAAGCGCGUUAACGUUCUGAAUCAUCGCAAUACGGUCGUGCGUCAGAUCGUUUUCACCCGAGACGAAAACUGGAACGAGAUACUGUAUUGGAUAAACGAUGACCACUCUACACGUGAAAAAUCAUUUAACAAAUGUCAAUUAGUUCAUAGCCGUUGCGAUGAAAUUAGAAAGAUUGAUAGUGACGAUGACAUUGCAACAAGUAUGUUUAUAACAAAGUGGCAUCAUUUCGCUUACGAUGCUGGGAUUAGUUUUUGAUUUAAAGCCAAAUCACGAUAGAAUAAUAUUUGACAACUUUGACAGCUGUUCUUAUGUACUAUUUAAGUCUUUCAAAUAUUCUCAUAUUUGAAACCGAUUGAUUUAGAUAUGUGUGCAGAAGCUAUCAAAUUCCUGAUAUUUUAUAAGCAAUAUUGUCUGUCACAAAAGUAUAAAUGACAUUGAAAUUUUUUCGCUGACAGUUUUUUCGGAAGGCCUUUUUUCGAAGAUAAUCAAAAGUUUUAAAUAGCCUCGUCGUAGUGCAGUUUCACCAAGCAGAAACAACUAAAUGCUUGAUAGGCUUAUCGAAAAGUAAUUCUUAUCAAUAAAGAGGUAUUAAAUGACUAAAGCAAGAGAAUCUAUUUUCGAUGUGAUUAGGCGGCAUUUAGUGCAUUUAUGUCUCUUUUGAGACAUCAACUCGAUUAGAAUUUUAGUGAGAUAUACGUAGAAAAAUUUGUUAAUAUUGUUAGAUAAAAAAAUGAUUGAUAUCAAUCCGAAGAAAGUUAAAUUAAUUUGGCUAAGUGCGAUCGUUGCUGUGUUUUUAAUUAUUCCUCUAUCAUUGUGUAUCUGGUUUUUGACAAAGGAAUGAUUUUGCUGAAACAAUUUUCGAUUGCUCUAAAAAGAUUUAGAAAAAACAAAUUUCAAUUUUAUGAAAUGAGUGUCAAUUAAUUUCCUAUAUUUAU